AUGCACGCAUUCCGUCAUUCAUCCACCCCCUCCUCUACAACAGCUGCCCCAAAGGAACAGGGUGAAGAAGAAGAGGGGGAGAGUAGCAAGUCGAUGACCAUGGGAGAAAAAUGCGAUAAGGAGAAGGAGAAGAAUAGCACGGAGGAGGACAAGGAGGGAAAUGAUGAUGGCAAGGAGGAUGAGAAGGAGGAAGAGGUGUAUAGUACAGACAAGGAGGAAGAGGGAGACAAAGGAAAAAAAGAAGAGGUUCAACGGCCGGAUGAGUUGGAGGAAGAAGAGCAGCUGCUAGAGGAGAUAGAACAACAUAAGAAAGAGGGAGAGGAAGAAGAGGACGGGACCCCGAGCAAGAGUCUCGCGUGGGACGACGCCAACACCUUGUUCUUCUUGGAGGUUGUGGGAGCGGUUGAUCUCACAUGGAGAAUGGUGGAGAAGAGGAGAGUGAGAGCAAGAGGUUCUCAGUCUCCCUUUCUUUCUCCUGCUCCUUCCUGUUCUACUGCCCCCAUCUCCUCGCUCACGGCCAUGAAGGCCCAUCCUUCCAAGAUCCUACCUUCCUCCUACUCCUUAAUGGCGUGCAGCUGCCUUCUCCUCCUCCCCGCCUCGUCUUGCUCUUGA